GCACGGCCAUGGCCCCGUGGCUGCAGCUCUGCUCUGUCUUCUUCACCGUCAACGCCUGCCUCAACGGCUCGCAGCUGGCCGUGGCCGCGGGCGGCUCGGGCCGCGCUCGGGGCGCCGACACCUGCGGCUGGAGGGGAGUGGGGCCGGCCAGCAGGCACAGCGGGGUGCACAACAUCACCUUCAGAUAUGACAACUGCACCACUUUUUUGAACCCAGUGGGAAGGCAUGUGAUUGCUGAUGCCCAGAACAUCACCAUCAGCCAGUACACGUGCCAUGAUCAAGUGGCCGUCACCGUUCUUUGGUCCCCAGGGGCCCUUGGCAUCGAAUUCCUAAAAGGAUUUCGGGUAAUACUGGAGGAGCUGAAGUCGGAGGGAAGACAGUGCCAACAACUCAUUCUAAAGGACCCAAAGCAGCUCAACAGCAGCUUCAAAAGAACUGGAAUGGAAUCUCAACCUUUCCUGAACAUGAAAUUUGAAACAGAUUACUUUGUAAAGAUUGUCCCUUUUCCUUCCAUUAAAAAUGAAAGCAAUUAUCACCCCUUCUUCUUCAGAACCCGUGCCUGCGACCUGUUGCUGCAGCCAGACAACCUGGCCUGCAAACCCUUCUGGAAGCCUCGGAACCUGAAUAUCACCCAGCACGGAUUGGACAUGCAGGUGACCUUCGACCACGCACCCCACAACUUUGGUUUCCGCUUCUUCUACCUUCAUUACAAGCUCAAGCAUGAAGGACCCUUUAAGCGAAAGACCUGUAGGCAGGAGCGAAAUACGGACACAACCAGCUGCCUCCUUCAAAAUGUCUCUCCUGGGGAUUAUAUAAUUGAGCUGGUGGACGACACCAACGCCACAAGAAAAGUGAUGCAUUACGCCUUAAAGCCAGCGCACUCCCCGUGGGCCGGGCCCAUCAGAGCCGUUGCUAUCACCGUGCCCCUGGUCGUCAUUUCUGCAUUCGCCACACUCUUCACCGUGAUGUGUCGCAAGAAGCAACAAGAAAAUAUAUAUUCACAUUUAGAUGAAGAGAGCCCAGAGUCCUCUGCGUAUGCCGCAGCACUCCCCAGAGAGAGGCUCCGGCCGCGGCCGAAGGUCUUUCUCUGCUAUUCCAGUAAAGACGGCCAGAACCACGUGAAUGUUGUCCAGUGCUUCGCGUACUUCCUGCAGGACUUCUGUGGCUGUGAGGUGACUCUGGACCUGUGGGAAGACUUCAGCCUCUGCCGAGAAGGGCAGAGAGAGUGGGUCAUCCAGAAGAUCCAGGAGGCCCAGUUCACCAUCGUGGUCUGUUCCAAAGGCAUGAAGUACUUUGUGGACAAGAAGAGUUACAAGCACAAAGGAGGCGGCAGAGGCGCGGGGAAAGGAGAGCUCUUCCUGGUGGCAGUGACGGCCAUCGCCGAGAAGCUCCGCCAGGCCAAGCAGAGUGCCGCGGCCCUCAGCAAGUUCAUCGCUGUCUACUUUGAUUACUCCUGCGAAGGAGACAUUCCCAGCGUCCUGGACCUGAGCACCAAGUACAAACUCAUGGACAACCUUCCCCAGCUCUGUUUCCAUCUGCACUCCCGUGACCACCGCCUCCAGGAGCCGGGGCCGUACCCCAGCCACGUCAGCAGACGGAACUACUUCCGCAGCAAAUCGGGCCGGUCCCUUUACGUCGCCAUCUGCAACAUGCACCAGUUUAUCGACGAGGAGCCCGACUGGUUUGAGAAGCAGUUUGUCCCCUUCCACCCUCCCCCGCCCCACCCCCGGGAGCCAGUGCUGGAGAAGUUUGACUCCGGCUUGGUUUUAAACGACGUCGCAUGCAAGCCAGGGGCCGAGAGCAGUUUCUGCCUGAAGGCCGGGGUAGCCGCGCUGUCCAGCUCACGGUCAGGGAGUCAGCAUCUCGGCCUGGAUGAAGACACGGAGGCCCGGACUACCCCCGAGGGCAGCUCCGUCCUGCGGCCUCUGCUGCACAGGGUGAAGGCUGCCAGCCCCUCAGACAUGCCGCGGGACUCAGGCAUUUAUGACUCGUCUGUGCCCUCGUCCGAGCUGUCCUUGCCUUUGAUGGAAGGACUCUCGACAGACCAGACAGAAACCUCUUCCCUGACGGAGAGCGUGUCUUCCUCCUCGGGCCUGGGUGAGGAGGAGCCUCCUACCCUUCCCUCCAAGCUCCUCACCUCUGAGCCGUGUACAGCAGAACUCAUGUGCCGCAGCUACACUGAUGAACUCCACGCAGUCGCGCCUUUGUAAGGAAUGGAAGCGUCGAAGCAUUGCCACUUUAGCUGCCCUUCUCUGGUUGCAUGGCCCACUUGGAGCCGAGGUCUUGGACAAGGAUAUUCUGAGUGAAAUUUUGGCCAGUACUUGCUCCUUUUGCCCCCAAAUCUCUGCCAGAUACCUUGGCAAAGUAUUCAGUUCUCUAAACCAUGUGGAGCUCUGAGAGACACGUCCGUACAUCUGAAAACAGCUGGCCAUGUUAGGUCAGUCCUUGGAUUUGGGUCUGUUCCGGAGACAGGGAGGAGACAUGUAAAGAGAAACAGGAAGAUGUUCGCACUGAUCCUGCAGACUUCAUCUGUCUCAGCAAACUUCGCUAGUUUGCUGCUGGCUCCUUUGAUUUGAGAUGCUUUGUGGAAAAUCACUUGUAGUGUCGUUACAGCUGCAGAAAAUUGAGAGCCAGCCCACCUGGGAUCUGUGUCACUGCAGACCAUGUUCUGUUGGUCCUGAUGUGGAACUUACGAUGCUGGGGGAUUGAGUAAGCUCCAAGUCAGAGGUCGAGGAGGCAGCAGGACAUGUAGUCAUGUCUUAUAAAUCAGCUCUUUAUAUGUUAGGGGCGACAUGGGUGGCCGAAGGGCUGGGGGGCCAGGCCAUUUGUCCAGCAUGGUUGGGUCACCAUCUAGAAGGUGCCGUAGCACCUGGAGCCCCCUUCUUGGCCUGAGUUGCCAUCAUGCGGGGGCCCACCUGUCUGCCAGGUGUCCCUGGGUUCCAUCUGCUGCACGGUGUCUCCGAUAUUGGUGCCCUGAGUUUAUUUGUAUGUGACUGGUACCCAGCUGGGCCAUGUGCCUGGAAGUUGAAGCUCAUGCUUCAGUUGGUCUUCUGGCUUGACACUGUGUCCCGUGAUGCUAGGGAGCACAGUCCACCACAGCCGUGGAGGUGGUGGCCAGGUACUCUGACCAACGGCUGGUGACUAAUGACAAACCUUUUUUUAAAAAGGUAGAAAGUGGGGCCUGUCAUGGAGCUGAAUGCACUCUUUGAUUAUCGUCUAAAGAAGCAUUACCUGAAAUCAUUAAUAUUCUCAAAUCUUAAAAGUACUCCCCUCCCCAGUGCAGUGGAUCCUGGUUCACUUUGUACCUCUUGUGUGGUCCUCAAUGAGAUCUAUCUCCUGGUUCACUUUGUACUUCUCACGUGCGUCCUCAGUGAGAUCUGUCUCUUGUGUUCCGUCCACCAGAAAUGGGCAUUUAGAGCUUAGGAGGGAAGAAAUGUGCUUUAAAAGGAAGGGUGUAUGUUCUCUUAGGAAGGAUUUCUCUAUAGAAUUCCUCUUUCCAGAGUGUUAACAGUUGUUCAGAUGCGCUUAGUUAGCAUGUGUGAUGAUAAGUCCUCGUCAGCUCUGUGGAAUCCCUCUCCCCUGCCCUUUCCGUGCCCUCAAGGGGGGCCUGAGCAUCUUUCCCCACCUUUUCCGCAGGUGCUGUUGGAAUUCGGCACCCUGUUUUCUCAGCACUCAACACUAGGGCCAUUUGCUUUCACUCCUUCAUCAGAUAGGACCAACAUGAAAUGGGUGAUGCUAAGCGGAGGAGGGGGGUGCUGAGGGCUGGGGGAGGGUUUUCCCUUCCAGGCACAUGCUGGGCAGGUGGGGAGGGGAGGUUUGCACGCCUGCUGCCAGGAGGAGGUUUGUGUGUAUUUUCGAUGCACAUGUCAUGCUCCCUGUUCUGGAAGGGGAGCUGGCAGCUCCUCAGGAGAAGAACGUGCUCGGCUGUUCUCUGGCAUCGAGUUUCCAGCAGCUGCUCCGAGGGAGAGACAAAUGGAGCUGCGGGUCGUCUCCCCCCCAUAAAACCAGGCAUCUCGUUGGAGGAGAGAAGCUCCACAUUGUUGCUGUGGAAUCCUUGGGCGAGCGUGGCGCUCGCACCACAUGGGACUCUCCUGGAGUCUCAGCUUCGCACGCGUUCUGUGGAGGCGACUGGUUUGUCCAAGCUUUGGAACAUUUUCAGAGAGAUUUCCUGGCGAGGACAAGAAGUGUUGCAUGUCCCAAAGGAACCAUUAGGCGCCGCUUUUAGGAUAGAUUUUCAGCCUUGCACGUGAAGGGAGGCGUCUUUGAGAAAGCGGCCCCAGGGACCGCGUGGAGGACAGGGAGGGGGAACAUCGAAGUGGGCCCUGUGGGCGUGGGCAGAGAGCUUGGCGAGUGAACUUACUGAGAAUGGAAGGGAAAGAGAAAACUUACCAUUUCAAAAGGCAGGUGAUUUUAUAGUUUGGAUUUAGGGUCUGGGUACUUAUUUUGGAAUACUGGUGUUUUUGGUGGUCAGUAAAUUGACUUUCUAACCCACACGCCAGGUACUGGAACCACGUGUGAAAGCCUAACUCAGAGAGAGUGGAGAAGCCCACUUCGCUGGUCUUGCCUCAUUGCUUUCACCUAUUGACCUGCCCGGGAUGGGAAUGGCUGCCUUGCAGAUUAAGGCAAAACAUCUGUUUUAAGCAGAGCUGCCUUUUUUGACUCACAAAUUGUCCUCGACGGUAGAAAUGAUAAAAAAUAGAAUUCAGAAGAAAGUUCUGCCGAAUCGCAAGCUUCUAGACACUGGGGGAAACAAGAAUUAGAAUGUGGGGACGAUGUCAGCGAGAGCCCUUGAUCCUGAGAACAAGAGACGUGUAUGGAUAAGUUAGACGGUGUCCUGUGGAAAGGUGACAGGUAAGUCCAGGGUUCCAGGUGGCUGAGGAGCCUGCGGGGAACAGGAGGUACGGAGCAAUUGUUCAUCUGAAUUCCCCAGCGUCCUGCAGAAAGGAUUUGGCAUCUGACACAAUCAGCUAUGCCAGGAGAGUGAUCAGGGAGGGUAAAGCCCAGGUAAAGAUGGGCCCCUCUCACAGAGAUUGUCCACAAGGAGGAUGGGGACCACCUCGCUGGCCCCACCCACCCUGCCAGGUGCGGAAGGGCCUCUUGAAGGCUGUCUUGGGCCCUAGCAGCACAGUGAUCUUCAGAAAAAAUCAGGUGCUUGGGCAGGUGACUCAGGCAGUUGACCUAGCCACGUAGCAGUAUUUCGUGCCAAAAUGAGAUGGGGCCAUAAAGUCAUGAGAUGAAUUUUCUAAGUUGCCACGUUAGCAAUAACUGAAAGUAGUCCCAGAUCAGAAGUUGAAAAACAUGUCUUUAGCAACAAUGACAUCAGUGGAAUCAAUGUGUAAUAAAUGUGGAUAUUUAAGUUCAUGUAUAUCAGAAGUUCAGUCUUGUUGCUUCAUAGCCGCGAGUGCUUGUUUUUUGUGUUUCAGCCAACUCUGUCUAGUCUCAGGUCCCCUGACUUAAGCACAAACAGGAAGACUGCCCCUCUAAAAAUAUGGGGUUACAUGAUUUUCAGAGGUUUCUCUUUUUUGAGUUGAGCAUCUUUUUCUUUAAAAGAAAAAAAGGGAGGAAAAAGCUCUUUUAUUCCUGAAGAAGAAAUUACAUCUCUUCUCCCCCUCAAAAGAAAACCCUAUGGUCCCCAACCAUCUCAACACUAAUUUGACCGUCUCGAGGAGAAAGAAAUUUUUCUUCAUGUCUUUAUUGGUGAGAGGUGGAUGGACAAUGCCAAUUUGAGGUUAGUCUGCUCUAUUUUUUAAUGCUAGUGAAGACUGCAGCUCUUAUUUAUCAGAUGUUGUAUCUUCAGGGGAAACCCUGGUGGCGUAGUGGUUAAGUGCUACGGCUACUAGCCAAAGGGUCAGCAGUUCGAAUCCUCCAGGCGCUCCUUGGAAACUCUAUGGGGCAGUUCUGCUCUGUUCUAUAGGGUCGCUAUGCGCCGGAAUUGACGGUGCUGGAUUCCCCCCCGCCCCGGGGGGCACCAGUGUAGCAGCUUAAGGGUAAGGAAAACAGUCCCCGAGAUCGUACAUGGCAAUGACAUUCCCCCUCAGUGUCAGAGAGACAAUAGGGAAUGGUGGGGACUGCAGCAAACUGAAGUGCUCCAGGCCCAACUACAGGGGUAACUAUUCCUGCCAGCUGUAGCCAUGCUGAAUUUUUUCAUGAGACAUUGAGAAUCUGGAUUUUUGUAUUAAAUAACUAUGAUUUUUAAUGUUGGCAUCUAAAUUAAAAAAAAAAUUUUUUUAAACAAAUUCAGGCCCAACAGAACACAUGGGUGGACCUGAUUUGGCCUACUGGCUGCCAGUUUGCAACCUCUGGUUUAGAAGAUUUGAAAUGCAAGUUAUCCCUGGUAAUUAUAGAUAUCUGAUACCACCGUUAACUGGAUUGCUUCUUUCCACCAUCGCCCCCCUCAGAAAUCUAAUGUGGUCCUGAAUGCAUUUAAAAGGUUUUGAUAGCUGAGGGAGCACAAACAGGGAAGACAGAAGCACAUGGCAGGAGCCCAAGGAAGUCCUCCAAGGCCGUAAAGCUGAGACAAGGACGCCAGAGAGAGCCUUUCCCUAUAGCCGGUACCCUGGAUUUGGACUUUUAGCCUCUUAAACUGUGAGAAAAUUUCUGUUCUUUAAGGGCAAAAAAAAGUUUUGAUAGCUACUUUACAGUUCAUGGUGUCUUAAAAGACAAGCCAGUUCAUUUCAAAAUCAGAUUUCUCUUCUCCCGAUUUAAAAAAUGUAACACAUGAAAUGAUUUCAUUCGAAGUCCGCAACCUGAAGGGACCUUAUUUAUAGCUUUAGCUCCUGGUUUAAUCACUUUUUUAAGAUGGUGUGCGCUUCUGCGUGUAGGGCUGGGACGUAGUUAGGAAAGCGGGCAUUUUGUGGGGACAGUGCAGGGAAUCCCUAUCGUCCAUCAGAGCCAGCCGUUCGUAUUAUCUUGUUUUACAUGAUCUGUGAACGGUUUCGGAUGUGUGAAACAUUACAGGAGAAAAGCUUUAACUGAUACUGAGAUACCAGCUCAGAGUCCUCAUGGGGAGUCAGGCCAUCCUUUCUGCAUCCACUCCCAUCCAGGCUCAGGGUGAAAAUAAGCAAAAGGAAGUCUGAUGGUAAGCUCUGAGCUUUGGUUCCUAUUUCAGAGGAUCCUGGCUGGGGGAAAAUUUGGGUUACCUGGCACGUUCCCCCUACAGCCAGGGCUGUGGCUGAAUUGUUUCAUCAGACAUAUGGCUGUGGAUGGGAUUCUGAAUCUGCCCUACUGAUCGGAGAUUUCUUUGUAUGUCUUCCUUAUGGAAAUUCAAACCUGCCUUCUUUUGUUCGGCUUGUAGCGAGAAAGACCAGCUGGUCACCUUCCCUGUUUUUGAAAACCACAGUGAGGUCAUCCCUGGGUGUUUUUGUUUCAGUGAUAAAUAAUCCCACCUACUUAAGCCAUUCUUCAUAGCUCUGGUGUUCCAGGGGCUCAACAAUUUUUGCUGUUAUUCUUCUUCUCAGCUAUACACUUAAUUUAGUUGUCCACAUUGAACCUGGUACUUUAUUCAUAUUGGUGCCUGGUGAAUGCCAAACCCAGCGUGGGAUUAUGGGGAAAUUUUUACGUGACUGGCUUGUUACUAGUUUAAAAUAUAAUGGCACUUUUAAAAAUGGCACAUGGGCUGUAUUCAUUUUGAGGAUUAUUUGACUGCCACGUACAUGGUUCCUCCUGCCCUGGGGGAUGGUCUUCUGUCAUAUCUUGUGGGGUUUUUUUGUUUUUUUCCUCCUUCCUGACAUCAAACACUUAGCGCAUAUUCCUAAUGUUUUCUAUGUCAUUCCUAAGCAGGUUUAAGAUACUUUCCAAGACUAGCUCUUACCUUCCGAGUGGCAACUACUCCUCCCCAGUUUUGGAUUCUGUUUUUACGUAUCUAUAGACGUCACCUAGAGUACAUGACUCGCGAUAUUAAACGGUUCAGACCUCAGUUUAACCACGGGCAGCAGCUGUGAAGUGCUUCGUCUGCGUCGCAGUUGCUGUUGGAGGGUCAAUCUGCAAACAUAUUUGAAUCUACCAGUGAGGACCUCUUGGGGAUUUUUGCUAGUUACCUUCUCUCCUUCUUGCCGCAAUUCAGCUGGGACCAUAAACACCUCAAAGACCUUUUCCAAGGCCUAAAGGUCCGUAGCCUCAAGUCUCAGUUGGCCGGGAACUGUGCCUUGCACCAUCAGAAGUCUGACAAAAGCAAACCAUUGCAACUGCAAAUCUGACGUUUACAUCAAAUAAGAUUUCAGUUGAAAAGAUUCAAGGAGGCGAUCUUUUGUUUGUAUACGAUAUAGGCAAAGUUGGCUGCUCCCAACGUUAGACAGAAACUAUCGCUGGGUUACACUGAUGUGUAUGUGUGUUGUGGAAGUUCUUUCUCUCAAGAAGAAAAAAUGUAGUGAGUAAGGACAGCAGCAAAAUCUUUUUGUAAAAACCAAAUGUGUUCAUUUAGCGAGUAGGUAACUUCUAGUUUUACUGUUAAUAAAAAAGAAAAAAAAAGGGAUUUUUUACUGCAGAGGCACUGUAUUCCCAAGUUCUGGGGGGAGCAGAAGCCCCUGGAGCACAGAGGUGGUUAUUACUGUUGCCCUUGUUUCAUCUUGAAGUUUGUUUGCUCUCGGGGAUUUGUUGGAAUAGUGAGCCUCACAGACGGUAGCAGUGUGCUGUAUUUUUAUGUUGAAAGCGUUAAUGACUUACUUGAUUUUGUACAUAAUUCUGUAAAUACGUGACAGUAGCUCACAGCUGACAUUUUCAAAAUGUUCUUUUUGUACCUUAUGGUUUCCACAUCAAAUAAAACGUUUUGUUCUAAGAUUGCGC